UUCAACAUUGAGUUUCUCUUUGUAGGGAUGGUGCAUAGUCUGAAGGAUUUGGUCCAGUAGUCUGAAAUGGAAGCAUGAAUUGGUCUGGUUUAAACUGCUGGAGGGGCACACAAAUAGACUGUGGCUGCUUAUAGGACCAAAAUGGACAGCUCUAUAAAAUGCAGGUUGAUGUGAUCUGCUUUAUUACCUCAAAUUUCAUCUUGGCUUCUUCUGAGCAAAGAUUGAUAAUUAAGAUCUGGAAAUGGAGUGGAGAGGCGAAUAUUCUCUUGAUUCUUCAAAUUUAGAUUGUUUGUUCAAUAGUGUUCCUGGUGAUGUGGAGUUUCAGCAAAUCCUCAGUGAUAUUGAUGAAAAAAUAAAGAAAAAUUCUAUUAGCAUGGAUCAGUGUCUUAAAGAUCUCCAGUCAGAAGUAAAUGAAAUGUGUACUGAUGAGCUAUUGCAAAAUACAACUGGCUGCCUUCAGUGGCUAAAUAAUGUCAGUUCUCUCAAACCUUCUUCUACACCUAAUGGAGAGUUGAUUGAGUUCCUUAAGACCCUGCAAAGUUUGCUGAAGAAUGAACAAAAUCAAGAAGAAAUGGUAGUUCACUUUCUUCUAGAUCUCUCCAGUCAGUGUGGUGUAUCAUUUCCAUGUACUCCAAGCGGGACAUCUUUUGAUUUUACACCCAGAGCUUCCCUUCAUGCCAUUGAGGAUGAUUCAUCUAUGGAUGUUCAGUCUCUUUGGGAUGAUGUUAGACUACACCUUCGACGUUUCUUGGUGAGCAGACUGCAGAGUCAUUAUGAAACAAACACUAGUACUUCACAACAGCAAAUCCAGUUUAAAACUCAAUGCGUACAACAACUUUUGUUUUUUUAUCCUGAAACAGAAGUUUUAAGCAAAUACCAAAAGAUGCAGAAUAAACUUGUUAAUGAACUUCUACAGAAUAGUGUUCUAGCUAGGUGUGAUGAAACCGAUCUUGAUAAGGUGGCUUGUGGUUACCAAAGUUCAAUACCUAUACUGUUCACAAUGGUAAAGGAAGAUUUGUGUAUGCUAAGUGGAAUGAUGGAUCCAUCCUCAACAUUGAAGUUUAUUAAUGAAACUUAUUUGGAUACCAUCACAGAAGAAAUUAAAAUUCUUCUUGACAGACUUUAUGAACUGCAGUUCAAAGCAGACACUCUACAUGUAGUUAAUACCGGCAAGAGCUCAAAGAAACAUAGAGGAGCAGUCCAUGCUUUGGGCAGCCAGGAAAAUCCCCCAAAAGGAAAGAACUUUUGUUUAACAUUAUAUCAACUCAGAUGUCUUUCUCAACUUACAAAACUCUUUUUGCUGCUGGAAGAGAAGAUUGAAGAGCUCUUUGAAGAAAUUCUGUUGUUACCUUGUUUCACCGAGAAGAAUAAAAAAAUUCAAGGAGUUCUGAAGAAAGCUAGUGGGGAGCUUUUAAUAGGGGAAGCUAGAGCAAAUGAAACUAGUGUGCUUCCUGAACAGUUACUUCAGGUGAAAGAGCCUAUUUUCUUGGAUUUUGGCUGGAGAAAUGCAUUUAAAAACCUGUCUUCUUCUAUGGAUCACUGUAUAUCAAUAGCAAUUGAAGAUUUUUCAACUAAAAUUCUUCAGCAUGAGCAGAAAGAACAGUCUUCUGCUGCAAGCUAUUCAAUGAGCCUUGUAAACACCCAGCAAAUGAAGGAGUCCUGGGGAGCAGUUCACCAGGAGGAGCGACCAAAACGAAUUGUAAAGUUUUGUUCUGACAUCAUGGAAGAACUUGACACACUGCUUCCAUUGGCUCUGGCAUGCAGAGAUGGUUCUUUUCAGGAAAUCAGAGCAAACUUUGUAGAGGCCUGCUGCAAAGUAGCAACAGCUGUUCUGGCAAGGUUGGAGGAGAGAAGCAGAGAAGUUCCAUCCAAGGCUCCUCUGCAAAACUUACAUGCUGUACUCUCCACAGCUGUAUAUAUCUUUCAGAAUUUUAUGAUGUAUGAUAAUUUAAUGAGAAAGACCAGCAAAAAACCUCUGUUUCUAGUGCCUGUCCAACAAUAUCAGGAAUUCAUCAAUGUUCUCCAGUUUCAAGUUAUAAACUACUGCGUCAGAGUUUGUGCUACAAGCAUUUUACAGGAUGCCGAGAGCCACCACUGGGAUGACUACAAAGCUUUUUAUGAGGGGGAAAGAUGUUCAUUCUCUGUCCAGAUGUGGCAUUAUUUUUGCUGUGCUCUUCAUCAUGAUCUGUGGACUAUUCAACCCCCCAAGUUAGCCCAGGAGAUACUGACAGAAGUGCUGGAAAAAUCUUUGGCUGUGCUGUCCUGUAGAUAUUUUCAGGCCCAACCCACUUACAAGAGAACUCCACAGAUAAGAUUUGAUAUUGCAGCAAUUUUAAUGUCCACUGAAAAUAUACUGUGGUCAGUUUGCAGCUCAGUGAGGGAAUUUCUGAAUCCACAUAAAGACAGAGACCCUAAAAUCUAUAAAAUACACAAUCAGUGCAACAAUCUGCUCACAGUACUGGCCAUUUUGACUGCACCUUUGAAGGAUCUAUAUGAGUCAUUUAAGAAUGGUUUUGUUGAGCAAUUUCCUCCAGGUUUCUCUAAAGCAAAUAUUAAUCAUCCUUUAUACUGGCUGUCUUGCUUAGCAUCUUUUUGUCCUUCACUUAAGACUCCAUCAGCCGGAGAAAUGGCAGCCCAGGGUCAACUGAAACUGCUCUUAUCCCAACCAUGUUGUAAUUGGAACUUGCUUUUGGAAACCCUGCUACAUCGUGAUUGUCUCUUAGUGAAAAUUUUAUUGAAGAGUUCAAAAACUGAAGCACCAAAAUGUGAUGGGCAAAUUUCCUACAUAGAACAGAUAAAUUGCAAGGAGCCUAGCUGGAUUGAAGUAAUCUUUACAGUUUUAUCCUAUUGUACUUUGUCACCGAAAUCACUUGGCAUUGGUUUUGAGAGCUACAUGGAUAAAGAGCAACUGUGGGAUUACUUAUACAAUAUGUCAGUUUCAAGUUGUGGUGAAUCAGAGCCAGAGGUUAUCAGAUGCUUGAAGCUGACUUUGAUUAAUUCGGUCAAGGGUAUAGUGAAGCAGAUAAUUUCUUUGAUGCAAUCAUGGGAAGCAACAGAGAACUAUGGAACCUGUCAGCAUAAACAUAUAGUACCUGAAAGUUUGCUGAAGACAAUUCCAAAGGAAUGGAAAUAUACACCUAGACAACUAAAGAAAAAAGAAUCUGGGAAGUGCUUCACAAGGCUUGCAGCUCAGGCAGUAUCUAUUGUAAUCAGCAAGUUACCUACAGUGAUUGCAUGUUUGCCUCCCCCAAUUAAGUACUUCUUUUUUCUGGCUGAGAGAAAAAUGUCACAAAACUUUGUUGAAUUGAAGAAAGCUGGUCUGCUUGUCUGGAACUUGAUUGUAAUUAUAUGUCAGAUAUUUGAGGAUGGAAACACUGCAGAACUUUUAACAGGUGCAACACUUGACAGAUGGAGCAAAGAGAAACUCAGUUUAGUUUGUGCAUGUUUGGAAAGUAUUAUAGGAAAACAGAAAAGUACUCCUGAACAAAUGACCCAGAAGGUUAUAUUGAACAUUCAACAACAAAGACCAAAUUGGAUAGAAAGUCAGUUGCUGAAAGCAAGAAAAUUGAGCAUUGACUGUGCCUUUAUUGCUGUAGAGGAAGCUGCAGUGUUAGAGGAGGGAAGUAUUGCACUGGAAUUGACUGAGCAGAAAAUAAACAUGAUGGUCCUGGAUAUCUGCCACAAACCAGGUGGCAGCGAAUACCUGAGGCAAAUUUAUCACAUCAUCCGGCUCAAUGAGGAAUAUUUGAAAGAACAACUGUCUUGUGGGAAUUCUUCUGAAGAGGGUCUGCCACCAACUAGAUGUUUAAAUUUGAUACUGAAGAAUACAGAAGAACAACCAGUCUUCAACCCCUUCCAAGUGCACAAACAGUAUUGUGCAGAUGUGUUCAAUCAGUCAGCUAUUACUGAAUGGAACUGGGAUUGGUCAAACUUGCUGCCAAGUUAUCUGCAACUGAAUGAGAUGACCUUCAGAACACUCCUGGCACACAGUAUUUGUCUUCAACCAAGCAAAGUAUUACAAGAUGGGGUAAAAAAAAAAAAAAAGGAAAUAAUUACAAAUGAAGAGUGACACGGGCUGUGAAUAGAACAUAUGUUAGGCUAGGCAGAGGCAUCAGUGAAUUAUAUCAUUUCAUGAUGAAGCGGCACUGGGGCUGAACGGACCUAUUUUAAACCUUGAUGUAUUUUAUCUCUACUGUAUUUGGACUGUCAUCUUUGGAGAAAGACUUUGUGUAAUUGAGAGUCAACUCCAAUCUGCAUGACUCGAGCAUGAAGUGUAGGCCAGAUGAACAGUGUUAUGGAAGAAAGGGAAGCAUCUAAUAAGGUAUAAAUGAGUAAUAACCUUUUAUACCUCAGACUUUCAAAUGUGUUUUGUAAAAUAUGAUUUUCAAAGUUAUUAAUUUCAAGGUGCUAUUCAUAAUCUGAAGUUUUUAUACAUUUUUAAAUUAAUUUUAAUUUGUUUUAAUAAAAAAAAAUCUACAAACAGUUUUUACGCAUCCUUGUUCAUACCAUUAUGGACAUCUAAAAUUAUUAUAUUGACAAGAUGGAUUUUUUUCUCUACACUUAAAAAAAAAAACAAACAAAGUACCAAGUUGACUAGUCUUAUGUUCAGUGUUUUUUAUAUAAAUUGUAUUCACUGAAUACUGGAAUUUAUCUUCAUAGUUUGGAAUAAUAGUUAUAUGGACAUGUUUAUUUGCCUUAUUUUCAUUGUUUGUAAUUUAACUUCUUUAAUUUGUUUUCAGGAUUUGUUACUGAAAGUUUUCUCUUUAGAAAACUAUAUAGAGUUGAAACCAUGUUUAGGUCUUUUUAAAAAAUGGAUUUCAAGAAUCCUAUAAAUGCUCUUGUGUGUAAGUGUUUGUGGGCAGACCAUAAUUUCGCAUGUUUUAAGUUUGGCAUAAAUACAUGUUUCUAAGGAAGUUAAACUUCAUUCUUUCCAGGUUGCAUUUUAUUGUAAGGGUAAAAAACUUGAAACUUCAACAGUGUAACGGUGUAAGAAAAGUAAAUGUCUUUUCUUAAAUAUAAUUACUUAAGCAGAGCUCCUGGUAUUUGUAAUAAGAUUCCAUAAAGUGCUGUACUCAGUACAAUAAAAAUUGGGGGUGGCCCGUGACAUCCCCAAAGCAAUUUGGCUUUGAAUAUUGUAGGCAUUGUUUGGCUUGAGCUUAAUCGUUUACAAAGUUCUUGUCCAAGCUGGAAACUGCAGUGGAAAGGCACAUUAAUGGUACCUUUCUGAAGCAAGUAAUAAGGAAGUGCAAGAAAAUUAAAGACAUUUGAUUCAAGUACAUAGUCUUUAGGAUGGAGGGGGGUGUGUUUGUCUAGUAAAUUGCCAUGUGAGCUAAAGAGAUGUUGUGAAACUGUCUCUUGGAUGAAGAGAAUGUUUAUGCCUUUUAUAAGCUGCUUUUAGAGUUGCUUUUCUUUUCUG